AUGGCCAAUAAGCCCGCCAUACCCGAAUGGCAACGUGCCUCCGCCGAUAGCGCUGCAGCGUCAUCCGAGCCCGAAGAAGCACGCGCGCAACACGCUGUCGAAGCCCCGACACCAACCGAAGACGACGUUGAGAAAGAUGAUAAGGAAGAGCAACCAUCAGAAAGCUCGGAACUACUAGACCAAGCAUCGCGCUUUCUCGAGGAUGACACAAUCCGCGAUGCGCCGCGAGAGAAGAAGGUCGCGUUCCUGCAGUCAAAGGGUGUGCGCCCUGAGGACAUCGAGACUCUGCUAGGUCAAGAGCCACAAGAGAGCACAAAUACAGAGCUCGAAGCAGUUGGAGAACGGGCGUGGUCAGAAACACCGCUAAAGCCGACCUCAGCACCCGAAGUCACGUCUCAGCCUCGCGAAGUCAUCAUUCAGCCCCGCGAAAUACCCCCGAUCGUCACCUACCCAGAGUUCCUCGCGAACACCGAAAAGCCACCACCACUCAUAACCACUCAGCGCCUCGUAACAACCGCAUACGUAACGGGAGGUUUGAUGGCGAGCAUAUACGGGCUUUCAAGGUGGAUCAUUGCGCCCAUGACACACACCCUCGCCGAAUCAAGACAAGAUUUCGCAUCGCAUACGCACGAACAGUUGAAGGAGCUGAACUCAAGACUGGAGAAGGCUGUAUCCGUGGAUCCUGCUAGCAAAGUAAAGGCAGUUACCGAUGCUGCAGAUGAUGUCUCAGAGGCAGACUCGGAUCCUACCGAGCUUUACCAUCGCGACUACGGCACCCAAACCACACCAAACCUCUCCCGCCGACCGUCUACCUCUACAGACCCACACCCCACCGUGACAGCGCACGAAAACCGCCUCAAGAUCAUAAAAUCACAUCUUGAAGAGCUCGACACGAACCGUACCAACGACGGCAAAUCAAGGGAUGGAUUGCGGACGAAGGUGUCAGAUUUGACUUCAUAUCUGACCGAGAUGGACUACCAAAACCAAUACUACCCUGGCAUGGGCCGCUAUGGAGCGACCUAUAACUGGUCUGGUCAGAAUGGCACUGCACAGAAUGAUCAGAUUGAGGUGCUGAAGAACGACAUCAGGGCUGUCAAGGGCGUGUUUUUGAGUGCGAGGAACUUUCCAGUGGGAGGAAGGAAUGCGCCGCCGAUACCUACCGGUAGAGUAGGUGUACCACUGCACAACCCCAACACCAACUUCAAAGCCUGGUUUCUCACAAACAUGUCGGGUUGGGCGUCUAAGUUGACCUCCUUGGGUCAUUCCAAGUCCGAGGACAAGGACGAAACAUCGCUCACCACGCUUCUCGACGCAGAUCAAUGCGCGGAUCUGACCUUCUUGAUCGCAACUAUCACAGCAUCUAUGCGACAGUCGCUGGUCGAUACCUAUACCGCGGAGGAAUUUCCAAUCGACUCAAAGACCGCCAAAUCAGAGGAAGAAAUACUGCAAGACGCGCCCUCCAACCUCGACGAUGUCGAUGUUGCCAAAGAAGACAAGAUCAAGAAAGAGAGGCAGGCACGUGAAGAAGAUGCGAGGAAAGAGCUCGUACAGCCUGAAGUGCAAGAGCUGAAGCAGGAGAUGUUGAAGUAUUUUGAUGGUUGGCGAGGUAGCGUCAUCAGCAGAAUCGGCGAGGUAGUCAACUCGAAAGAAAAGGCCAAAGAGCAGACACGACAAGUCGAAGGCAAGGAAGUCAAACAAAUCACGAAGAAAUCCGAGACAAGUUUAAAGAGUAUUAAGAAGCUCGAUGAGAAGGAUGAAGAUGAGGACAAAAUGUUCAACGAACUCUACCCUCCUGUUCCCAAUGCUCUCACUCAAUUGGAAGAGAGUAAACGAGCACUCAUACUACAUUCGCUGGUGCUCAUACUUCUGAGCCUGGAGCACUACUCGGCACAUUCUCGCGUCCUAAACCUCUACCUCACAAGUUCUCUCGGGCUGAGUAGAGCCGUCCUGAAGAAAGAUGAAGAGACGGUUGCCCAGGGACUCCUAGAGGCAGCGUCUCAGCAGCUGAAUGCUGAUGCUGAGACCAAGGAAGCGGCCGAGAAAUCGCAGAAUGCUCGUAGAUGGAAGGUCGGCCUUGCUGGCGUCGCUGGUGCCGCGUUGAUUGGUGUCACUGGCGGGCUUGCUGCGCCGCUCCUUGCGGCGGGCGUUGGAAGUGUCAUGGGUGGAAUCGGCCUGGGUGCUACUGCAGCUGCAGGGUAUCUAGGUACCCUUGCUGGUUCUUCCGUUCUUGUGGGCGGGUUGUUCGGUGCAUACGGUGCGAAGAUGACUGGACGAGCCAUGGACGACUACGCCCGACAAGUCGAAGACUUCGCGUUCAUCCCAAUCCACCGUACUCAGGACCCGAGGAAACAAGACAAUGAGUCUCGUCGCCUACGUGUCGCGAUCGCCGUCUCUGGUUGGCUCCGCGACCCUGAAGAGGUGUCAAAGCCAUGGAGAUACAUCAGUACAGGGACAGAAGGCUUCGCACUUCGUUGGGAGCUUGAAGCCCUUCUCAAACUCGGACACAGUCUCGAGACAUUCGUGACUAGUGCUGCUUGGGGCUACGCAAAGAAGAAGAUCAUCGAGCAGACUGUCUUCGCUGCGAUGACGGCUGCAAUGUGGCCACUGGGCUUGCUGAAAAUUGCGACUUUGCUGGACAACCCGUUUUCGAAAGCCAAAUAUCGCGCCGAGAAGGCUGGUGAGGUUCUCGCAGAUGCACUGAUCAAUAAAGUCCAAGGCGAACGACCGGUCACUCUUGUUGGCUACUCUCUCGGCGCACGCCUGAUCUUUUCCUGCCUUGAGAAGCUGGCUGAGCGCAAAGCUUUUGGUCUUGUCGAGAACGUCGUCCUCGUCGGCGCUCCAUGCCCUUCCGACGUUGCCGAUUGGCGGCGUAUUCGUUCUGUAGUGAGUGGUCGUUGUGUCAACGUCUUCUCCAAGUCCGACUACAUCCUUGGCUUCCUCUACCGCACAUCCUCUAUGCAACUUGGCGUCGCGGGUCUGCAGCCCGUCGUCGGCGUACAUGGCGUUCAGAACGUUGACGUCAGCGACAUUGUGGACGGUCACCUCCAAUACCGCUUCAUCACAGGUUCGAUACUUCGCAAGAUCGGCUUCGAAGACGUCGACAUCGAAGAAGUCGAGCGUGCAGAGGCUGAUCUAGCAAAGGAGAAGAAGAAGGAAGAGGAGGAGAGGGCGAAGAAUGAAGGUAGCAAGGGGGAAGGUAACGAGGAGAAGGAGAAAGAGGAGCUGGAGCAGGCUGUGGAGAAGAAGCAAGAGCAAAGCUGGAUGCAAGUCACGCAGCAGAAGAUGAAGGGUCUCGACAUCGGUGGAUUCGUCAAGGGUCUACCGGGAAAGGUGGCUCCAGAGUAUGGAGCGGAGAAGACGGCGAAGAAGCAUACGGGUGAUUUCAAGGAUACGAAGUAG